CUAAUGGUUAAAAAUUAAACACAAAUCUAACAACUGACAUUCAAAAGAAUACCAGCCAGACAAAUUUGUCUACAAAGAGGAAUUUUCAUCAUGCAAGUGGUCCCUGUUUUCUUGGUUUUCUUGUCUCUCUUUUGUUUUUGUGGAUCAGAGAAUGCAAUACCUAAUGCUGUAAAAAACCAGUUUGAGCAGGCUGAGCCUGCCCAGCCAGCUGAGCAAGACACAUACCUCAUAGGAGAAUGCUUAAGCAAUGAAUACACACACAAAUCCUGUGAAAAAGUUUUUUGUCACCCAUGGGAACGGUGUGUGCACGGAAAAUGCCUUUGUAAGCUUCCCUACCAGUGCCCAAAGAACGGCUCUUCAGUUUGUUCUACCAACGGGAAGUACUUCCACACUUACUGUCACCUAAAGAGCUAUGAAUGUCAACGUCCUGAAGCAAAGUUUCUGCACAAGGGAAAAUGCAAGUCUGACGAAACAUUUGCAAUUUCUGUGGACCAUGGAGAUUCAAGUUUGCUUCGAGUAAAACCUGUGAAUCAAAAGAAUGACUUUUUUGUAUGUGAUAGUGAGUGGACUAUGAAUGAAGCAAACGUGGCUUGCAAGCACCUUGGCUUUGAAUUAGGUGCUGAAUAUUACCAGGCCAAUUCCAGAAUCACAGAAUCUGCCUUAAAUUCACUGCACUGUCUGCAAAUAACUUGUAGGGGCCUAGAAACAAGUCUUGCUGAAUGUCACAUAGAGAUAAAAUCAAGAGAUAGUAAGGAGGGAUUUGUUACCCUCCAGUGCCAUGAAAAUCUCAGAGCUUGCUCAGAAGGUGAAUUUCAUUGUGUCAACGAGAAGUGCAUUCCUCUGAAGAAAACCUGUGAUGGAAUCAAUGACUGUGGAGACCUAAGUGAUGAGCUGUGCUGUAGAGAGUGCAGAGGCAACAGUUUCCACUGUCGAUCAAAUAUCUGUAUUCCAAAUAAGAAUGUCUGUAACAAAGAAAUCGACUGCCUCACGGGAGAGGAUGAAGCUCAAGUUCUCUGUGCAGGCAAAGACAAAGGUGCUGAAAACCAGAGUAUGGAUGAAGAAAGAAAACUGAUAAAGACAUUUCUUCCCCAAGUACAAUGUGGUCUUACAAAUUACACAUUAGCUCGACGGAAAAGAAUCAUAGGUGGAGAGACUGCAAGAAAGGGUGAAUUCCCCUGGCAAGUGGCAAUUAAAGAAACUGGCAAUGAAGGUGCUACAGUGCACUGUGGAGGGGUUUAUAUUGGUGGCUGUUGGGUUCUGACUGCUGCACACUGUGUCAGGGCAAAUCGAGUUCAUCUGUACCGUGUCUGGACUGGACUGUUGCAUACAAUACUGUAUGACAAAGAGGCAGAUACUUUCAGAGUAAACCGACUGAUAAUCCAUGAAAAUUAUAAUGCAUCAACUUACGAAAAUGACAUUGCUUUGCUGGAACUGAAAAGUGUGCUGAAUGGAAAAUGUUCCCUGAAACACAGCAUGCCUGCCUGUGUUCCCUGGUCAGAGUAUAUGUUCCAGACUGGUGACAGAUGCAAGGUUUCUGGAUGGGGACUAGAGAAAGGUUAUACCAAACAAUAUAUCCUCAAGUGGGGCAAUGUUAAUUUAUUUCAGAAUUGUUCUGAAUUGUAUCCAGGACGAUUUUUUAAACAAAUGGCGUGUGCAGGUACUUACGAUGGCUCCAUAGACAGUUGCAAAGGUGAUUCAGGAGGACCCUUGGUCUGUUUUGAUGCGGAAAAUGUGGCAUAUGUGUGGGGUGUUGUGAGCUGGGGUGAGAACUGCGGGGAGGCUGGUCACCCUGGUGUGUAUACAAAAAUCGCCAGCUAUUAUGAUUGGAUUAGCCACCACGUGACAAGGAGUCUCAUUUCACGAUAUAAUGUGUGAAGCUUGGGAAAUCACAUACUUCCUUGACCAUGUGAAACGGCCCAUCGCCCAUGCAAAAAUGAACACUAGUCCUUUUUUACAAUCAGAACCCAUAUAACUUAGCGACAAUUAGUACAAAUCUUUAAAGAAUAUAUUUUUAAAAUUCUUAACACUCUACAAACACCACAAUUUUGCAGAAGCCUGUAGGAAGAGAAUUUUACAGUCACGUGAGUGUCCAGCAAAAUUCUCCAAUAAAAACAGGGAAAUUAAAAUUU